GCCACUGAGCAUUCGGAGAUAUGCAUAAGUAGUUCCACUUGCGGGGAAGCUGCGCAAGUCCUAUAUAAGCCGCGCAGCGAUCCAAGAAAGCUUCAUCCAGUUCAGUGCAAGUGCUCUCCUUCCCCUCCCUGCGCAUAGUUUAAGCUGAAAUCAUUGCUGCUGCGAGACGAGAUAAGCACGCAAGCAUAAGCUAGCAUGGCGACCCUGUGGAGGCAGCCGAGUCUGGAGUUCGACGUCAAGGUCGUGAGGGUGGCCGGCGUCGAGGCGCGGCUCGAGGGCAGCCUCUUCGUGAGGUACUACGUCCCGGCCGGCGACGGGAGGCGGCGGAUCCGCGUGGACACGCGCGAGGUCCCGUGCGGCGGCGCCGCCGGAGGAGACGUGUUCUGGGGCGAGCUCGUGCGCUUCCAGCUGGCCGGAAACAACGGCGCCGCCGUCGCCGCGCCGGGCAAGGUCGCGUUCGAGCUGCGGUGGAGGCCUCGGCCGUCAACGUCCGGACUGUCGGCGUUGCUGGGGACCGGGAGGCCGUCCUCGCGGGUGCUGGCGCGGGCCGAGCUCGCCGUGGCGGCGAAGUCGGCGACGUCCACGGAGAGCUGGCUGAGGCUCUCGCCGGCGGGCCGGGAGCUGGGCAGCGGGUGCAAGGCGCCCAAGCUGCUGGUCGAGGUCAAGGUCGUCCACGGCGCCGUCGCUGCUGCGGGUCACGUGGCGGUGAAGCCGAGGAAGUCCGGUGGUGGCGUGAAUGAGUGCUGCCAUGGCGGCGAGAGCUGCCGUAGCUGCCGGUGGGUCGGGACAGAGGAAGACAUGUUCCUCGCGGCGACGUUUCCUCACUAGAAGAAGUAACAAGAUUGUAAUGGCAAAACAAAAGCAAUUAGAUUAGGUUGGUACGAGGAGGCUACAUGGUACAUAUAGCUGUUUUGCUCUUUGUGCAAGGAUUUUGUGGAUUUUCAGCCAAAUUCAGGCGUGAGAUUAUAAAGAAAUUUUGAACAAGAUCA